AUGGCGCUAUCCUACCACAAAUCCUCGGUUUACAUCAGCCUAAGCGGGAACCAAGUUCUCUCCGCUCUUUGCAGGACAUGCGACGGGGAAUGGGUCCGCUCGACAAUCGACUUGAACACCGUUCUCGGGAACUGUGACGGCCGCUUCGAAUGGGGCGAGACCAGGUUCUCCCACACGGCCAAAGAUGUAAAGCUGAAAGAUAACCGCACCCUCUCCGCAUAUCUCAAGCGCAAGGACGGAAGUUGGUCGGAAAAGCCCGUAGAAGUGAAUCUUACCGAACACAUCACGAACCACGAUGGCGCACUUCGCAACUGUCAACGCGCAGCGGAGCAACAGGACCAGGAGCCAUCUGUUGCACCAAACUUUCUGGAAAAGCUAGAUGCUGUCUCGGGGCUUUUGCGUAGUCAACAGAUCGCCGCGAAGAACUCUGGUUUCGAGUUGGAGUUUGUUAGCGCUUCGAACAACCGCCUGAUGCUGGAGGAGUUAGAGGUUGCAUUUUUGAGACUGAGGAAGCUGAUGGGCGUGAUUUCUGGGGAGUUUGAUCAGGAGGGUGAAGGGGGGGAGGAUACUGACGCGGGAAGGCGGAAGAGGGCGGAAGCGGAGGCGGCGGUUAGACCGAUGAUUAAGGCGUUCGAGAAGGUGCGGGGUAAGGGUGACAAGUCUUUGGCCGCGGUUUCUAGGAUAUGUGGUGCGACGGCAGAGUACGAGACGGCACACCUCCCCAUCAUCCGCCGCGAUGUGGAAAGCCUCCGUGCAGAGAUUGAUCUGCAAGUCAAAGACGUACAAGUCUCACUCGAAACGCUGCAAGAGGCAGUGACCACGUCCACCACGGAACUCGAGAGCACCCAGGAUGUGCUUAAGAGGUCAAAAUCGACAAAGGGCAAAGCGAAUAGUAUAGAGACCCUCAUAAAACACGCCGGUUGGAUACUCCUCCCCAUAGGAAUAGGCAUGACAAUUCCGCUAACCGCCACCGCCCUCGCCGACAAAAUCACUGCAGCAGAAGAAAAGCUCAAGGAGUUGACCACUCAGCAAGCGGAGAAGCAGCAAGAGCUGGACAAUCUCAAACUCCAAGAAUCAGAAUCCGCACUCGCGCUCCGCGCCUGUGAGGACCUGACAGCGCAAUUCACCGUCCUUGAGGCUGACGUAUUGAGACUGAAGACCACGGCGGAACUCGCGAGGGAGAACAUUACCUCCACCCUCACAACAGCGAAAACGCUCGAGUCGUUGGCCAGGGAGAUGGAGGAUAAAGCCUCCAUGCUCGAGUACAGGGUUUGCAAAAAGGACUACGCGGCGCACAUUGUCCGCGUACUGGAUGAGGCGCUGCCUGGGUUUGCUGUCGUGGGGGAUGUCGGUGAGCUACUGACUGAGCUGCUUGCAGGAGACGAUUCCCAGGGCUCGGUUAAGGAGUUGAACCUAGAAAUUGAAGUGGUCAGGCGGAAGCUCCAGGUUGUCGCAUAGGGGUUCCUCCCGUCUUUGUCUCCCGCGUCUUCCUCCCUCUCUUCGUCCUCCCCAUCCCCUUCUCCCUCUUCCUCGCCCUCUUGUCCCUCUUCACGUGCGCUUAAACCUUUACGAAAAGUUGUCAUAGUGCCGCCCGUGACGGGGAAGAUGGGAGAGGAAAGGGGGGAGGAGGAGAAACUUUACUACUACUAUCGCUACUAUAAGGAAGAAGAGGGUUCCCGGAAGAUGCAGACAAAGAUGGGAUUCUGGGAAUGGCCCG